AUGACGUCGGAGCGUUCUCGAAUCCCGUGUCUCUCGGCUGCUGCUGCCGAAGGAACAGGGAAAAAGCAACAAGAAGGAACAGCAAUGGCGACACUGCACCGCAAAGUGCCCAGUCCGGAGGCGUUUCUGGGCAAACCCUGGUCCUCCUGGAUCGACGCCGCCAAAUUACACUGCUCCGACAAUGUAGAUUUAGAAGAGGCUGGAAAAGAGGGUGGCAGAAGCAGGGAGGUUAUGAGGCUUAAUAAAGAAGAUAUGCACUUGUUUGGCCAUUAUCCAGCACACGAUGACUUCUAUCUGGUCGUGUGCAGUGCCUGCAAUCAGGUCGUCAAGCCACAGGUCUUCCAGUCGCACUGCGAGAGAAGACACAGUUCAAUGUGCAGGCCUUCUCCCUCUCCAGCAUCUCCAGCCUCCAAUUCCCGGACAUCACUAGCACAGGCAAAGACGAAAGCCUGUUUCAGCGGCCAUAACGCUGUCAGCAGCACCUCAAAGCCAUUUAAAACGCCCAAAGACAAUCUACUUACCUCCAGCAGCAAACAGCACACAAUCUUCUCUGCAAAGGGGCCAAGGGAUAAACCAUGCGUUCCAGUUCCUGUGGUCAGUUUAGAGAAAAUUCCUAACCUAGUAAAGGCAGAUGGUGCCAAUGUCAAAAUGAACUCCACAACCACUACCGCAGCCACUUCCUCCUCUGCUGCCGUCUCUACCCCACCUCUAAUUAAGCCCACCUUGAUGUCCAAGUCAGUACCACCUUCACCAGAGAAGAUCUUAAAUGGCAAGGGGACUCUGUCAGCCACCAUAGACAAGAAGCACCAAAAUGGCACCAAAAACAGCAACAAGCCUUACCGGAGACUCUCAGAGAGAGAAUUUGACCCAAAUAAACACUGUGGAGUAUUGGAUCCCGAGACAAAGAAACCUUGCACAAGAUCCCUCACCUGCAAGACACACUCGCUGAGCCAUCGCAGAGCGGUCCCAGGUCGGAAAAAGCAAUUUGACCUCCUCUUGGCCGAACACAAAGCCAAGUCGCGGGAGAAAGAAGUGAAAGAGCACCUCCUGACUUCUGCAAGGGAAAUACUUCCAAACCCGCCCGGACCGGUGCCUGAUGCUCUGCAAGGAUCUUCCGGGAGCACGGUAGCAGAGCCGAAAGUACCAUCCCCUCCAAAAUCCAGGCCGCUCAACUCUGUACUUCCCAGACCAUCAUCUGCAAACAGCAUAAGCAGCAGUACAUCUUCAAAUCACAGCGGCUACACUCCGGAGCCCCCUCUGCCCCCAGCUGGAGGUGACCUUGCCAGCCGACUGUCCAGUGAUGAAGGGGAGAUGGACGGAGCCGACGAAGCCGAGAAGUUAGACUGUCAGUUCUCCACACACCACCCCAGACCUCUUGCGUUCUGCUCAUUUGGGAGCCGCCUCAUGGGACGAGGAUACUACGUAUUUGAUAGAAGAUGGGAUCGUUUUCGGCUCGCACUCAACUCCAUGGUAGAAAAACACUUGAAUUCACAGAUGUGGAAGCACAGAAGCCCGAGCCACAGGGCAUCAGGUCCCUCCCCUCUGUUCAGGACUUGCCUAACCAAUCUGCUGUCACUGAGCAACAUUGGGGCUGCCUGGGUGUCAACUCUGGAGAGCGUAGCACCCCGCUGCCCUCUCAACCUCGCUGCCCAAACUCCAGGCCCUGACGGGCCCGAACCUGGAGGGAUGGCAGCCGAUGGGGGCAUGGAAGACAUUAGGAAGAAAAGGAACGGCCAAGACUCUUUUUUCUUUAACAAGCAUUUAACUCUGCAUCAGGAGACGCCAACACAGUAUUCUCUUUCAGCCAGGAAGAUCCCUCCUGCGGCAGAUAGCCCCAUGCCCUCGCCAGCAGCCCACAUCACCACCCCUGUUGCAGCAUCCGUUUUGCAGCCUUUCAGCAACCCCAGUGCUGUGUACCUUCCUUCAGCUCCCAUCAGCUCGAGACUCACCUCUUCUUACAUAAUGACAUCAGCCAUGCUCUCAGAUGCAGCUUUCGUGGCAUCGCCGGACCCACGUGUCCUCAUGUCCCACACCACAGCUUUCCCCCAUGUGGCCGCAACCCUCAGCAUCAUGGACUCAACCUUCAAGGCCCCAUCCGCCGUGUCCCCGACACCAGCUGUCAUUCCUUCCCCAUCCCACAAGCCAUCCAAAACCAAAACCAGCAAAUCCUCAAAAGUCAAAGACCUAUCAGCUCGUAGCGACGAAUCUCCAAGUAACAAAAAGAGGAAGCCGCAGUCUUCGACUUCCUCCUCCCUGUCCUUGCAGGCUUCCUUCUCGUCUCCGUUGUCAGGGCCCCACAAAAAGAACUGCGUUUUGAGUGCCAGUUCCUCCUUGAACUCCUAUCAGGCUGCCCCUCCCUUUAACAGUCUGUCUGUGCACAACUCAAAUAACGGGGUGAGCCCACUCAGUGCCAAGCUGGAGCCCUCAGGACGGACCUCGCUGCCCAGCAGCCCCAUGGACAUAGUGAGACAGGUGGGCGCUGUGGGUGGCAGCAGUGCCUCCUGUCCCCUCUCCGUGCCCUCCCUUGCACUCCACGCAGGGGACCUCUCUCUGGCCUCACACAAUGCUGUGUCUUCUCUGCCCCUCUCUUUUGACAAAUCAGAAGGAAAAAAGCGUAAGAAUUCAAGUCCUAGUAGCAAAGCCUGUAAGAUCACUAAAAUGCCUGGUAUGAAUAGUGUUCACAAAAAGAACCCGCCCAGCCUUCUUGCACCGGUGCCCGAUCCCGUUAACAGCACCUCCUCUCGGCAGGUUGGAAAAAAUAGCAGCCUAGCUUUGUCACAAUCCAGUCCUUCAAGCAUAUCCAGCCCAGGACACAACCGACAGAAGAACACAAGCAGAAUGGGCAGGAUAAGGACUCUUCCCUAACAAGAUGGUGAAGCCACUUCAAACCAGUCCGGCUGACAUCCUCCCCAGGAGACUAAGUCGGGAGAUGGGAGGGCACUGGCCUGUUGGGGGAGUGUUUCCUGGUCGCUGAAUGUGGCUAUGGCCUUUCUUUUUUUACAUGGAUUUUUAGUUAAAAAAAAAAAAAAUAAGGCAAAAGAACCUAAAUUUGAGAUUUACAGAAAACAGUGUUUUCUCUGUUUUUUCAUUUGUCACGUCUUAUACAUUCUUCCACAUUUGGGGUUACUCCCCUUCCUCCUGAUGCUGCUAGUGCACCGUCAUUUUGCUCCUGCCCUGAGAACAGAGGCUGCAGACUGUCGGUUCCGGUUCCGGGUUCCGGUUCCAGGUUGGCACCCGCAAGCUCUUGAACUUUAGCGCUUUCAGAGUUCGUUGUCUCCCAAGUCCUUUCCCACCCCGCCCUUCCUUUCAACUGUUCUCCAGCGGCCGUCAGAAGCUCCUGGCUCCCACUGCAGCCCCGGACACUUGCUGGGAGGAGCCUGUGCUUGGAGUUGCUUCGAGGGGCUGAGGGUGGACCUUCAGCUGGUGUUUGCACCUCUCCUCGUCCAGAGCCAAAUGCCAGCCACUAAAGUGAGGACAGUGGCCCUUUAAUGAUGUGGUUUGCUCAAUGCCCAGGCCCAGCUGUGCAGAAAAGACGCACCGGGUCAGGUACAAGGGCAGAAAGGACCUGAGAGGAAGGGAAGAUGGUGGGAACCCGAUGAUUGUGAUGGUCAGAGCUUGUUUGGAAUAUGCUAUGAAGAGUCCGUCCCAGGGCACAGUACACAGUUUCCUAAAGCUGGGUCAGCCAGAGACAGAAAAGCCCACAGGACCUAGGAAAGCCACUUCAUGAGGUGGCACAAUGACCAUAGCUCCUGAAAGUUCCCGAGAUAUCAGGAAGGUUUGGGGGCCAGGAAGGGUCUUCCAGAGAAAAGUCUGCAUGGAGGUUUUGGUGCCAAGCCCCUUGUGGGAAUAAGAAAUAUCACUGGUUGCACACCCACACCUUAGAUAAGCUUGCACUCCAUCAUCAGUGCCCCAACUCAGACAGUCCAGAGCUGGUAAGGACAAGCAUAGAGAAGAGGCGUGGGCAGGGAGGCACUGGAGCAUCGCAGCUAGUAAGCUGUCCACACUGGAGUUUUGAAAGAAACAGCAGUACCAUUAAGCUCUGAUGGGGAAUCAGAAAGAGAAUUCACAACACGGAACAGGUGUUCCACUUUGGUCUGCCAGACGUCCUGCGCCAUCCUGAAAUCAGAAGUGAAUGCUAGUUCUGCAUCUGGGCACACCCCCUCUCCCUCCCCAAAGAUUUCCUUCCUGGUUCCUUUUCUCCCAACCCAAAGAUCAGACUACUGUUAAAUUUCACCACGGAAUUGGAAUCUGCAGAGAUGGGAGGCAAAAGGAGUGAUUUCUGUCAAUGGAAUUGCACUGACAGUGUUUCUUACAGGAUUCUUAAUUUUUUAAAUAUAAAAUGAAGAUUUUUUUUUUAAGUCAGGAGUUGAUAUUAAGCACCAGGACAUUGGUUGAAUUAUUUCAAUUAUUUCAAAAAUAAUUAUUGAAUUAUUUUUUUCCUCCAGUGUUAAAAGUGCACUUAUAUGCUGGUUAAUUUACAUCUGGGGGGGAGGGGGACUGCAAAUUUAGGG